AUGUUCACCGUUCCGGACUCAACACCUCCAAGCACGCCCAACUCUCGCCGCGCAAGCACAAAUCUUCCUUCCACGACCCCGGCAGGGCCUCCUCCGACAGUCCACACUUCCGCGUCAUUUACACCAGCCGGUCCUCCGCCCUCGUCCGUGUUCGGCAGCUCUGAGCUGCACUCCGGCAUUCAAUCGAGUCGCCCUAAUCCAUUCAAGGCUGCCUUUGCACCCACGAGCAAUCCCAGCGAUCCGUCAAGAAACCGCCCGCUACACUCAGAUCUCUUCGCGCCGCGUGCGAACAAUCCCAAUCCUUUUGCUGCACCCGCCAGUAGCCCCCCACAGCCGGCCGUAACCAACGACGAGGAUGAGGAAGACUACGAGGAUGAGGAGAUGUCAGAAGAGUACUCGCGGGAGGAUGAAGACGCGAUGGAAGGAGACGACGAAGAUAUGGACAUGGACGGACCUACAAACCGGACUCAGCUGCAAAGCUCCGCGGUUGCCCCUCUUAGCCGCAGCGACUUCAGAUCAUCGCGUCCCUUUGAUGGCUUAGAAUCUAUACGAGACGUACGAAGAGGGUCAUUGCGGCAGUCAUCCAGGCGGCAAGGGGUGUCGGCCAGCAGGACACGCUCGACGGCUACUAAUUCAAAGUACGAUCUUUUAGGGCUGGCAAAGGGGCUAGCUGCCUCAAGACGACAGACUUCGCUCUCGGAACCAGAUGACGUCGUGCUUCAGACGGAGCAGACAGUGAACAGGCUGAGUGAUCCCGAUUUAGCAAGAGACGUACUGCAGCUCAGUGAUACGGUCACCAAGGUCGCACAACAGCUCCGGGACCUAUGGCACCAGGACUACAAGCACAGCUACGGCCCAGGCUACAGCCGAAUAGGACCGUCGGAAGAGGAGAGCCCGCUAACAAAAGCCAACUUCUUGGCCAGCUUACUCCUGCAACUCCAUCACCCGUCCUCCUCUCAGGCACGACAGGACCUUUCUCUUUCGCAAUCGCGUUUCGGACGCAGCUCUACGUUUUCAUCAUCGGAAAGACCGUCGUCAGAGAUUCCAAUACCUCAAGUGCUACUGGACUGGCUGAACACAUAUCACGACUCCACCACAUCCAGCAUCGACGAGAUCAAGAGCCAGAUGAACGGCUACUCGGCUCAUCCUGAAUUCUGGGAAGGCGUCUCAACCGCGUUAUUUCGCGGCAGAUUUGCGGAAGCGAUCAAGUUGUUAAGAGGAGCGAAUUUUGCCGUGGCUCACUCUGCGAUCGAGGACGGUGCUGAGGUGCCCGGCUACAAAGGCGCGCAGCUAGAAAACAUCCAGGAGAUGGUGAAUAGAUUGAUUGCGAUGUUGGACUCCUGCCCAGGCUUCAAAUAUGAGAACUGGGACAUCAAAGGCGGCGACUGGACGCUCUUCAGGCACAAACUGAGCCAAGCUAUUGCGGAUCUAGAGGAUUUUGCCGAAGGUGACAACAGCGCUCGAGGCGACGAUAUGAGUGGUUUCGGGAGCAGCAAUUUCGGAAUGUCGGCCGCUCGAAGCCAUGGCUGGACAGCGGCUAGCCGGAGAGCUGAGAGCAGAGUACCAUGGGCCGUAUACCAACAUCUGAAGGAUGUCUACAAUCUGAUGCUUGGGGUUCCAGACGAGAUCUUUGCUUCAUCGUACGACUGGGUUGAGGCAGCAAUUGGGCUCACCAUAUGGUGGGAUGGUGAAGAGGAGGACGACAUUCCGAAGGGCAGCCUCGCCAUGAGCAGACGAUCGCUCGGGCGCUCUCAGGCAGCUCGAACUGUUGACAUUACACCCGCUCUGGCCUAUCGUCGCAAGUUGGCCUCCUCGCUUGCGGAAGUCUUCGGUGGAGAUGAAGAGGAGUUGAGUCUAAACACGACGGACUUGGUGGAAGUGGGACUCGCGUGUGUCAUGGACGAUAAUGUUGAAGGGGUCAUCAGCGUCCUCCAGUGCUGGUCCAUGACAGUCACAUCGGCUGUGGCCGAAGUCGCAAGUGCUGCUGGUUGGUUAACAGAAACAAGCGCCAACUCGAAGGACAUCAUGAAGGGCUUUGAUAAGAGUGAUCUGUUGGUGUUGGAGUAUGGACGGCAAGACACCGGAGGGAUCAACAAAGACGAGUUGCUUAAACGUUAUGCAGAUGUACUGUCUGGCAGGCAGGAAUUCCGCAGCUCGGACGGGAAGGAGGUUCGGGAGGGUUGGGAGCUUGCCGUACAGGUUUUAGCUCGCUUGGAUGAUCCUGAAGAUGCUAAGUCAAGCAUUCGAGAGCUUCUCGAACGUCUUCGGCUUACGUCAGAUGAGCUUGUCGACAAGGUGCUUGCCCUAUGCUUAGGAACUGGUCUCUCUGGCCAUGCUGAGGAGGUUGCGGAGAGGUACGCCGAUAGUAUAGCAGAGACAUCCGACAACUACGGCACCGCCCUGCUUUACUACGCUCGCGCACACAAGCCGCAGAAGUUUCGAAAUGUCCUGGAUCUCCUGACAUCACUCUGUCUUGUCCAGUCAAUGUCGUAUCCACCAGCAUCAGAGCUCGAUGAUCGCCUCAAAGCGUUCAUCAGCUCGCCUGAGAAGUCUGUAGUCCAGCUAGGACGCAUGGAUACCGAAGCCGCAUCAAUAGUAGCGAGAUACUUGAGCGGCUAUGCCACCAUCCGCAGGUUCUACGAUCUGAGAGACGAGGAGCUUCAUUUGAAACCUGGACAGAAACCCAGUCUACGACCUGUAGCGCGGAAGAAGGCAGCUGCGGCCGCUUUGAUGGCGAUGAUCACUAGUGCAAACGAGAGUAUCAAGGGCGGACUGUAUGACCCGAGCGUUGACGCUGUUGUGCAAGUGGAUGGCCUCUUGACAUUGCUUGGGGAGGCUUUGCCGUUCGUGAACCGACCCAAGCGUGUCCUCGACAUAAACCACCUCUACACCCUCCUCCGCGCAACCGAAGACCUCGAGAGCGCCCCCUCAAGCAUCUACGACCAAUGCGAAGACUGCCUCCAGUCAACCCUCUCCCACGCCAACGGUGCAGAGCCCCCUUCUCCGCGCGCGAUGCUGAAGAAGUCGAUUUCAAAUCUGACGGCCUCGACGCAGUUCUCCAUGGUCGGCAGCUCCAUGCUGGCCUCGCGGGAGAACAUCGCGCCGUCGACCGAGGGGAGUGGCGUGCUGGUGAAAGGGGAGGUCAAGAGGGGUUGGGAUUGGAGAAAGGGCUUGAGUAGGAAUGCGGGCGGGGAGGACGUGUUGAGGGUGCUGAGGUUGGGGGUUGCGCAGGAGAUGGCGAGGGCGUGGGUGGAGGGGGAAGAGUAG